AUGGAAGGUGCAAAACAAGGCAUUGUCGUGGCUGGUGGUCAAGGACGAGGAAAUGGUCUCACACAAAUGUUCGGUCCUGAAGGAGUCGUUGUCGAUCAAUUGGGCACUGUCUAUGUGGUUGACUAUGGGAAUGCUCGAAUCAUGCGUUGGCCCAAAGGAGCCACACAUGGAAGUAUCAUUGUUGGUGGAAACGGUGAAGGAGGACAAUCGAACCAACUCAAUAGGCCUGUCGGUUUGUCAUUCGAUCGACAAGGCAAUCUUUAUGUCGUCGAUAACAAUAAUCAUCGAGUACAAACAUUUAACAUUGCCUCAAAUGCUUAA